AUGGGCGGCCCGCGGGCCUGGGCGCUGCUCUGCCUCGGGCUCCUGCUCCCGGGCGGCGGCGCCGCGUGGAGCGUCGCGGGAGCCCCGUUCUCCGGGCGCAGGAACUGGUGCUCAUAUGUGGUGACCCGCACCGUCUCAUGCCACGUGCAGAAUGGCACCUACCUGCAGCGAGUGCUGCAGAACUGCCCCUGGCCUAUGAGCUGCCAGGGGAGCAGCUACAGAACAGUGGUGAGACCCACGUACAAGGUGAUGUACAAGACGGUGACCGCCCGUGAGUGGAGGUGCUGCCCUGGGCACUCGGGGGUGAGCUGCGAGGAAGUGGCAGGCUCCUCCGGCUUCGUGGAGCCCGGGUGGCCGGGCAACACCAUGCGGCGGAUGGCGCUUCGGCCCACAGCUUUCUCAGGUUGUCUUAACUGCAGCAAAGUGUCAGAGCUGAGCGAGCGACUGAAGGUGCUGGAGGCCAAGGUGGCCGUGCUGACUGUCACGGAGCAGGCAGUGCCCCCGACCCCAGCGGCCCCCGAGGACCCUGCCCUGCUCUGGGGCUCCCCGGCUGCCCAGGGCAGCCCUGGAGAAGGAGACUUCGGGGAUCGAGUCGGUGCUCGGGGGCUGCCUGGGCCUGCUGGCCCCAAAGGAGACGCCGGAGGCCGAGGCCCAGCAGGGAUGAGAGGCCCACCAGGUCCACAGGGCCCCCCAGGGAGCCCUGGCCCAGCUGGAGCUGUGGGCACCCCUGGAGAGAGGGGACCUCCGGGCCCACCGGGACCUCCUGGGCCCCCUGGCCCCCCAGCCCCCAUUGGGCCAACUCAUGCCCGGAUCUCCCAGCAUGGGGACCUGUUACUGUCCAACACCUUCACUGAGACCAGCAGCCACUGGCCUCAGGGACCCACUGGGCCCCCAGGCCCCCCAGGCCCCGUGGGUCCCCCUGGACCUCCUGGCCCCACAGGUGUCCCUGGGAGUCCUGGACACAUGGGACCUCCAGGCCCCAUUGGACCCAAAGGACUCUCUGGGCACCCAGGAGAGAAGGGCGAGAGAGGACUUCGUGGGGAACCCGGGCCCCAAGGCUCUGUGGGGCAGCGGGGGGAGGGGUUGCACCAACUACGCGAGGCUUUGAAGAUUUUAGCUGAGAGGGUUUUAAUCUUGGAAACAAUGAUUGGGCUCUAUGAACCAGAGCUGGGGUCUGGGGGAGGCCCUGCUGGCACGGGGACCCCCAGCCUCCUUCGGGGCAAGAGGGGAGGACACACAGCCAACUACCGGAUCGUGGCCUCCAGGAGCCGGAACGAGAGAGGCUGA